ACAGGCUUGAUAGUUCAGUGGCAGAAUUCAUGCUUUGGGUAUUCCUGACUGUAUGAGGUCCUGGGUUCAAUCCCCAGUCAAGCCCGUCGUUGCUUUCUUUUUUUUUGCAAGCUGUGAAGCUAUAACCAUCAACUUUUUUUACUCCAGUAUCUGUUGCUGGUGGUGGAGAAAUGCGGCGGUGUUACGCUUAGCAUUUUGCGCUAAUCGAGUUCCUAUUUCGCCGAGCCGAGUAAGCGACCCUAUCACGCCAAAGGAAAUCGAACUUUAUGUGGGAACGGUCUUCAAACCUCCGCAUCACAACACCUGCUAUUGCAAUUCUCAUCUGAACAUUUGAAUAUGAUAGUGAAAAUCUCUGUUUACUGCCCGCCAUUAUCGCGUAGC